AUGAAUGCUACCUCUGGUCCUAAAGUAUCAAAUGCUCCAUUGACGCUAGCUUCUGGCUCGCAGUCAGCCGUAUCAGUAGAAAGCCUUGAGUUCUACACAUCAUUGGCCGCCGCUACCUAUUGUGGGGACGUCCAAAAUAACAAUUGGACAUGCAAGCAGUGUAAGAAGGUUCCCGACGGAAAAUUGGUGCUGUCAUUUGAUACUCCAAAUUAUGAUACUGUAGGCUACAUUCUGCAGAGUGACUCCAAAAAGGCAAUAUAUAUAGCUUUCAGAGGAACCAACUCUAUUGAAAGCACCAUAGCUGACAUAAAAUUCGUCUUGACACCCUAUCCACCCGUCUCUGGGGCUAAGAUACAUCUUGGUUUCCUGCAAAGUUUUCAAGAAUCCAAAGACAUUAUUUACUCCCAUGUCACGCAGCUGAUGAAUGCACAUCCUGAUUAUACAUUCUACGUUGUUGGACACUCCCUAGGAGGAGCACUUGCCGUCUUGGAAGCAUUGGACCUAUAUCAACGAGAUGUGAGGUUCACACCAAACAAUCUCCAAGUGUACACCUUUGGCGAGCCUCGUAUCGGUAACCCAACAUUUGCAUACUAUGCAACUGGUACUGGUAUACAGGUCAAGCGUGUUGUUCAUGAGCGGGACAUUGUUCCACACUUGCCUCCUGAGUUGCUGGGAUACCUUCACGAGGGCAGCGAGUAUUGGAUAACAGACGAUCGAUAUGACAUUGCUGUAUGUAAUGGCGUUUUGGACUCGGGUAGCUGUUCCAACUCAAUCGUUCCUUUUACGUCCAUAUUGGACCAUUUAAGAUACUUUGGAAUCAACACUGGUAGUUGUCUUUAA